AUGCCUCGUAUUCCGAACCAGCGCCCCGGGACGGGUUCGGUUAGAGAGAGCGAAGAAAAAGAAAAGCAAAGAAGAAUGGUUUUGAUUGCGUGGCAGAUGAUUCGAUAUGCUAAACAGGCAUGUUUCUCUCCUUCCUACGUGGACGUGUGUACUGCUUCGUAUCCAAGGCGAGUGGGAGGAACGAAUCCGACCCGACCGGUCUGGGUCCGGUCCCAGGAUCCAGUCGGUGGAAGGUCUUGCUCCGGUCCGGGAAGUUGGGUUUUUCCCCUUUUAGGUAACGCGGGCAGGCACCAUGUGAAUGGUGAUUGGGGGACAUGGGGUUCAAGGACAGGCGAAUUGUCGGAGGAGAGAAGGAGGAGAAGGAGAGGUGCUGCUAGACGACUAUUAUCAGGUGCUCGAUUCCACGGAGACAGAGGGAGGGAGGGAGUGAGAGAAAGAGAGAAAACUGGACUAGCAGCCAAAAGGGAAGCGUCAACAGAAACAGCAGACGCGGCAGGUGGCGCUAUCCUUGACAUUUCGCCCACCGACCAGAAGAAGAAAUGCCGCACAAUGACAGGGUCGUCUGGAUCUAACAGGCGAUCAUCGCCCCCCUCCCCAAGAAUGUCGAACCAAACAGGCCAGAACGGGGAGGCGACAAUAGCAGCAAAGAAAGACCACCGCACUAACUAUCUAUCUACUUACAUGGGUCUCUGGCUGAUCAAGUACCAUUCCAAGAUUUGA